UUCCUCCCUGGUCCCUUCCGCCUGCCGCUAUCCCACAAAUCCCUCCACGACCCCGGCCAUGGCAUGUGGGCCUGCAGGGGUCGCCUCCCCCUUGUGGCCGCGCCUGCUUCUCCCAGGCCCGGCUCCUUGUCGGAGCUUCCCCAACAAGGUGCAGCUAAAUCAAGUUCGUUGCCUGAAUCAGUUACGCUGGAAGCUACCUUUGAUUACUGUCGAGUCACACAGAUCAAGGAACCUUGUUGGUUGCUUACACUCAGACUCAUCUGCAGAAGUAGCGGGAGUGAGCAGACCUGCUGAUGUCUCCACUACUCAGAGUGAUCAAUCCAUGACGUGUUGCGCGGAUUCGGUCCCAGGUCCAUGGUUAUGAUUAAGGGUCCCUUUGUUCGACUUUGGGAGCUAGAUUCGCGGCAAGGAAUUUGGAAUCGCAACCAAAGGGCUCAGCAUCGCGAAGCGAUUCUCGCAGUUGAACACGCAGCUGGAUUUCUACCGAUUCGCGUAGUUUAUUACCCGCACUGCACUACCACCGGUUACAACUUACCGCUUCACGUCUUUCUUUCCCGAGCGCUAUUCUUUCCCCACCACGACCCCUCUCCCCAUCCCGACUCCUCCACGACCUGCCGCCGCCGGCGCUGGACCUCCUCCCCGCCGCGCCCCCCGCCGCCCCAAACGCGCCGCCCGCCGCGCCCCCCGCCGCCCUCCCGCCGCCCCCCCCCUUACGCGCCCCCCGCCCGCCCGCUCCGUCCGCGCGCUCUGCCCAAGGUGAGAUCACCGGCUCCGUCUCCUCCCCGCCGCUCCCCACUCCCACCCACUCCCACUGGUCUCCUCGCGAGCCGCGAGCCUAGGGGCCGCCACCCCUAUAACUGCCCCCCAUUCCCCUACCCGCGCUCGCUCCCUCUCCUCCCCAAAUCCCCCACGCUUGGAUGGAUUCCAUCGGUACGAAUCGCACCCCGCUGCGCUCCGUCGCCGCCUCAGCCACUCGAAGCAGCGCGCUGCCGCGGCCGCACCGCCACCCAGCGCUCGGCAAUCGCUUGGCGGCGACUAAGCUCGGGAUCGCGGCUCGGUGUGGAGGAGCAAGAGGGUAUUUCGGCAAGGUGCAGAGAUUUGACGCCGCGCGGAGUACAUCGGCGAGAGCGCAGAGCGGGAAGGCGGGGAGAAGUGUGAUCAGGGAAAUGGGACACACGUCAUCUGAUAGUGAAAUGCCCUUGAACUAUUCUUCUGGAAAAGCUUUCCCUUUAGGAGUGUCACAAGCUGAUGGUGGGCUGAAUUUUGCAAUAUUCUCACAGAAUGCUUCUUCUGUCACCCUUUGUUUGAAACUUCCAGAGAGAGGCACCCAAGAUGAUGCGGAAAUUGUCGAGUUUGCUUUAGAUCGCCAAAAGAACAAAGCAGGAGAUAUAUGGCAUGUGUCAGUGGAGGAACAACUAAUGGCCAAUCAAGAGACAGUUGAAGCGUAGACCGAUCCGCCGCUUCAACUGCUCCAGCUCCCGAUGAUGAUCCAACCAAGCAUGGAUCGAAAUCGAAGAAUCAGUUCCUUCCAAUCAUAUCACUCAGCAAAGGUUCUAUCAUAUCCCAGUCCACUUAACCACAUGCUCCCUUUGGCAUAUAAUUCUUAUAUAACCAUGCCCUUUGUGUCAUUCGACUAAUCGUGUGAACUCUCCAUAUUUUUGAUCCUUUAGAUGUACAGGCCAGCCUCAGGCAAACCUAGCAUACCAAAGCCGGAUUAUAACUUGAAGGAUCUUGGUACCAACUUGCACCCAAGCAACCCCCAAGACACAUUUUUUACCCAAAAGAUCUCAAUAAGAAAGAGAGGCCACUUUGAGUCUUCCUAGCACUAUAGCCACUUCCAAUGCCACAUUCAAAGGUUGAGCAGUAAAGCCGCUUGAAAGAAAAUGGUACACACCCAAAACUCGCAUCUUUCAUCAAGAAGGAAAGGCGAAUAAACCAUAGAGAAAGGGUGCGCUUCGCCAGACAAAGAUAAGGGCUCAUCUGCUGAUCAAGCUGAACCGCACCAUCUGGUAGAAUAGGCAAGCUUUAGACAGACCAUGAUUGCACUCCACAGGAGCAUUGAUCCUUCAAGCUGUUGAGCAUCAGAUGCCACCCAUAACCUAUUCUAGUCCCAGCCAAACCUAGAUAAUUAUUGAGCUGCAAUCUAUGUCCCAAUCAAGGGCUGAUGUGAUGUGUAUAUAUGUAUGUGAGCAUCUGUCCAUUUUCCAUUGGAUGGAUUAGAUCAAUCCUUAGGUUUUUAAACAUGAAAAUUGGUGCAAUCCUCAAUGAAGCUGGCACUCUCUCGUGCUGUUUACGAAAAAGAAAAAGAAAAGAAAUCGUUACCAUCUAAUCCUUAUUUAAUACUUCAUCCGUUCUAAAAAUAUGAAUCGUUUCGAUUUUGUCCUAAGUCAAAUUAAAUUCUCUAACUGUGACUAUUAUAUAGAAAAAAUGCACAAAAGAUUACAAAUCUCAAAUAAAAUCCGUUAGAUACACCUUGAUCAUCUCACUUGGUCAAAGUUUUUUUUAUUUAGAACAAAUUUAAACUUAAACAAGCUACAUUUUGGAACUAAGGGAGUGAUAGUGUAGCACAUAGGCCAGUGAGCUUUAGUGCUUCAUGCAGGGGCAGGCCCAGUAUUGAUGCAUGGGUAUUCAGCUGAAUACCCAAAUUUUUGGCAAAAAAAUUUGUAUACAUAGUAUAUAACAUGUAUAUGUAUUAAAAAUAGAAAAUAACAUCACAAAACAGGUUCCCAAUCUCAUAUUGCCUCUUGAGCUCAAAUAGCUCACCUUCUCGGUCUCAUUUUGUUAUUUAAUUAUGUGCUAUAAAUCUAUAUACUUUAUGCUAUAAAAAAUUCACCUUUUGAAAAUUUUGAAUACCCAGAUCCUAAAUCCUGGGCCCGCUCCUGGCUACAUGUGAUGGCAUGAGAUUCAACACCACCGGAUUUGUAGUCCCUUUGGUGGCUGGCCAUUUAGCCAUAGCGUUGGGUUACUGAAAUCAGAAAAAUCCAUUUCAUCAAAAGUAGAAAAAGAAGAACAAGAAAAAAGUUGCACACCAAGGAAUUUAAUUUAAAUUGUGAAAUGAAGGAAUUGAAUUGUCGCAGCGAUCAGGGAAAUAUCCAUGCAUUCCUCCUAAUUAAACAUGGAAAUUAUAGUCGUUGGAAUCUCAGCAUGACUGA